AUGGGGGCACCCAUAUUGGCUCCAACUUUCUACAUAUUCUUUGCUUCUGCACUUCCUGUUAUUGCAUUUGGAGAGCAACUUAGUAGGGAUACAAAUGGAAGCUUGAGCACGGUCGAAACAUUAGCAUCUACUGCUAUUUGUGGAAUUAUCCACUCGAUUAUAGGUGGCCAACCUUUGUUGAUUUUAGGAGUUGCGGAACCGACUGUUAUAAUGUAUACUUAUCUCUACAAUUUCGGCAAAAAUACACCUGAUUUGGGUGUUGAGCUCUUUCUAGCUUGGGCUGGUUGGGUUUGUUUUUGGACGGCGUUCAUGUUAAUUUUGCUUGCAAUUUUUAAUGCUUGCAAUAUUAUCACUAGAUUUACAAGAAUUGCAGGGGAGUUAUUUGGCAUGCUUAUCACUGUUCUUUUCUUUCAAGAGGCUAUAAAGGGACUGGUAGGCGAGUUCAGCAAUCCCAAAGUUGAAGAACCUUCCUCGGAGCAAAUUCAAUGGCAGUAUACAAAUGGAUUACUUGCAAAGGCUGUUUUGUCCACUUCUCUGGGAACCCGCGUCUCUUUAUCACUGGACAGUAGCGAAGGAUAUGUGGAAGUGUGGCUUCUAAGAUGGCACAACAGAAAGAAUUCAACCUUCAAAAAACCAUCUGCUUACCAUUAUGACGUUUUCCUACUUGGAAUAAUGACUUUGAUUUGUGGUCUCCUCGGCCUUCCUCCUUCAAAUAGAGUCCUUCCACAGUCCCCCAUGCAUACAAAGAGUUUGGCAGUUCUUAGGAGACAGCUGAUCCGAAAGAAGGUUGUGAAAAAUGCCAAGAAAUACAUUGAGGCUGGUGCCUCAGAGCGUGCAAGAACUCUUGGUCCAAAAGGGUCAGACCCACACAAGGCAGCAGUUAUUGGUGACGCCAUUGGAGACCCAUUGAAGGAUACAUAUGGACCUUCACUUAACAUCCUUAUCAAACUGAUGGCAGUUGAGUCACUGGUGUUUGCUCCUUUCUUUGCAACCCACGGUGGUCUCCUCUUCAAGUUUUGGUAA